CACCAAUUCCUCUAACGAACGAAUCAGGACAACCACAAUGGGCGCACCGAAAUCUCACAAUGAUGCGACACGCGCCGAGCGAAAAGCAAAGAAGCGCAAGCUCGAGGAUGCGAUCCCCGACCUCCCAGGCGAGGAGAUGGACAAUGUACCCUCGACAGACGAAGCGCAAUCCGCGAAAAAGAACAAGAAGCGCAAGCGGGAUGGAGACAAAGAAGGAGAGGAUGACGAGGAGAGAAGCCUACGGAAAAAAGAGAAGAAGGAAAAGAAAUCGAAGAAGGAGAAUGUGAAACCAGAAGUCGACGCUGAAGGAGACAUUGCGAUAUCUGCGAUUGCAGAGGGUGAAGAGGCGCCUAGGAAAUCGAAGAAAGAGAGAAAGGCAGAGAGAAAAGCUAAGGAUGCGGCCGAGCCUAAGGAGCAGGCAAAGAAAGGGGCUGCUACUCCUGCUGUCCCCGCCGAGGGUAUUUCCAAGACCGAAGUCAGCGGAGAGCAGGAAACUACAGCAGCACCAAAAACGGAGAAGAAAUCUAAGAACAAUCGAAAUCGGGAGAAGAAGCGAAAACCACUUGCGAAUGGCGAAGCUGUACCUGCGAAACCUGCAAGAUUUAUUGUCUUCAUCGGUACCUAGCCCUCCUAUGCCCAAAAUCAACUUGCUUUCUAACGAGACUCUCAGGUAAUCUUCCAUUUUCAGCCAGUAAAGAAUCCGUAGCCGCCCACUUUGCCAAAGUAAAGCCCAAAUCAGUCCGAUGUCUCACCCAAAAGGAGGAUCCCACGAAAUGUAAAGGUUGCGCAUUCGUGGAAUUUGAUGGAUACGACCAUAUGAAGACAUGCUUGAAGUUGUUUCAUCAUAGCAUGUUCAAUGACGGUAUCAGUCCUGAGAGGAAGAUAAAUGUUGAAUUGACGUAUGUUUCCCUUUUGACCUCUCUCAAAAAAUGUAUAACUAACAGCAUUCAACAACAGUGCUGGAGGCGGAGGUAAUACCCAAGAUCGCAGAAACAAAAUCCAAGAGAAGAACACAAAGUUAAAUGAGCAGCGGAUAAGAAGGUUGCAAGAAGAGGAGAAGGCAAAGUGGGAGAAGAAGAAGGAUCAACCAGCCGAUGAGAGUGGUAUACAUCCUAGCAGAAGAGGGAUUGUUCCCGGUUCUUGA